AUGCCGAGCGGUCGCAAGUCGGCACUGAAAAAACAUCAGAAGGGUGGGGGCUUUGGCAAGAGUCUACAGAAGCGAAGUACUGAUGUGAAUGGCGGCAUCGCCUUUCUUAAACCGGAUAUAUCUCGGUUAUUGACUCAAGGAGAGAGUGAGAAGAAGUUGACUAUCUUGGAUUUUAUAGACCGAGAUGCGGGAGUUUCCGCGUUGGAAAUGAACGAUUUGGAAGACUACAUAGCCACAACUCUUCAACAGCAUAACGCCAAUGCGGCUCCGCUGGUCAUCUGUAACCGGGACGGUAGUUUACUCGACACGGCUACCGCCACCGUUGUCAAAGUUAGGACGGAAGGAUUGCAGGCAAGCCAGACAUCUCAUAACAGGCAGUUCGACCUUCCUAUCAGGCCAUUUAGAUUCCUCGACCCCCUUAACAGAGUUCUUACCUUUGCACAAUACUUCGGCAAGUUCCUUACUGAAUUUGAAAGGCAACCUACCGAACCCAUGCUUUACAACGACCAUGACCCUAACGCCGCUUCAUCGGAUGAGGAUGAUAACCAUGGUGAUGAUAACCAUGAUGAUGAUAACCAUGGUGAUGAUAAUCAUGGUGAUGAUAGCAAUGACGAUGGCAGCAAGGAUGACUUCAAGAGAGCCAGCAGUGAAGAUGGUAGUGAAGAUGGUAUCUUACUGCCACCGAUUGAUUUGUUUCAGGAACCGGUCUGUCUUCGAUCGAACAACAAGGACGAGAAGGAAAACGAGCUAGGUCAUGAAGAGAUUAUUGCUGCAUUACAGAAGUGUGAAGAUAUACGUGUUAUAUAUUCGGCGUUCUACCAUUAUUUUGCGAAGGUCGUAAAUUUCGGUCCAUUAUUGUGUGCGUCAGAUUUGCAGAGGGAGGAAUUGCGUUCGUUUACUGAGUGGCGACGGGGACUGAGUGAGUGUGAGUUGGAGGAGAAGGUAGUAAUUGCGCCUUACGAGAAGAAUUUGGAGUACUGGAAACAGUUGUGGAGAACAAUUGAGAGAUCAGAUAUUGUAUUGGAAAUUGUUGACUCACGUAAUCCUCUGAUAUAUCGAUCUGGUGCAUUGGAGAAGUUGAUUGAGAGUUAUGAUAAGAAGGUUAUCUUGUGUCUGAAUAAGGCGGACUAUCUGUCAGCGAAUCAGC